AGAAGUAACCCCCCACCUUGUUUGUGGUAUUUCCAUUUGCUUGAAUGCCCUUAAAACAAGGUUCAUUCAGUUUCAGAAAUGUUGGUAUUUUAAUUUUGCACCUAAGUGCAAUUGAAGAAGACGCCAUGUAGUGUUCGAAGAAAGUAUGAUCAGGACCCGCGCCACCGGGGGGCGGGGUGGCCAUUGCCGCCCACUUUUUUGCGAAGCAAGUAGUACAAGCCUUGCGAAGCUGUAGUAUAAGGGGUAAGAAGCCUUGGCCUCCUACUUUUUUAGCCUUAGUCCCCCAUUUUCAAUUUCGUGGCGAGGGCCCAAGAAGGAGGAAAUGAGGAAUAAAAUUCAAUUUCAAUGGUUUUUGGGAUCUGCCUCGAUUGGAUCAAUCUGAUAGAAACAAAACGAGACUGUAACCCGCCAUCUUAGAAUCCUUUUCGCAGACCAUUGAACUGUCCCAAACAGAAAACAACCGUGGUAGUUCGCAGAUAACAGAUACAAGUUACGUUCAAAUAACAGAAGUUCAGACAUUGUGCUGGCGAUUGCAGAUAUGACAGGUGGAUCAGAAAGUGGUAAUGAAGACGUUGAGGUCGAACAUGACUCAAAGGUGAAAGACGAAAAACAAGAAAAUAAUAUUACUGAAAAUGAAGAUUUGCCAAAGCUAGAAGACUUAGAUGAGGAUUCCAGAGGUCAAGCCCAGGAUGAAGAACCUUCAAAUGAUAAGCAAGAAAGCAAAGGAGAAAAUUCUGAUGAAGAAGAACAAGAAUCAGUGUCAAGCUCGUCUGAAUCAGAAAGUGAUUCUAUGGAUGAAGAGGAAACAGAGAACAGAAGACUCAAAUAUAAAGAAGACAUUUUUGACCUUGAAAAGCAAUUUUCUGAUUUGAAAGAACAACUAUACAAAGAGAAGGUGAAUCAAGUUGAAAACCAGCUGAUUGAAGUCCAAACCAACACAGCUAGUGAGUAUGUCAUUCCAUUGAAAGAGCUGGAGGACUCUUCAAGAAUAAGGAGUGAAGUUGCAGGUCAUCUUAAGGAGUACAGGUUGAUUUCCUUGGAUCAUAAAUUCAAAGCGGAAGUGCAGGCUUUAGACCAACAUUUUCAGAACGAAAAGCGGAAUCUUUUAGAAAACAUGAAAGCUGAGUUAGAGGAGAGACUUCGCAAGGUUGAAGAAGAUCGACAUACUGUAGAAAUGUAUUCAGAUAUUUGGCUAGAUGACAGUAUCUAUGCCCGGAAACGUAAAAAAGGAAUGGAAAUGUUUAUACCAGAGAAGAGAAAACGACCUGUAACCGUAUCAGGACCAUAUAUUGUUUACAUGCUCCGAGAAAUGGAUAUUCUUGAAGACUGGGCUGCAAUUCGGAAAGCUAAAAGCGAACUGGCACGACGAAAAACCGAAGGUUUGUUCUUAUGUAGUUUUUUCUCGUAAUUCUGCACUUUACCGCGUAAAAAGUGAUUAAUUUUAAUCCGAUUGAUUGGGUCAUCUAUUUUAAUUACCGAUUUUUUACAGUAAAUUGUAGUGAAAGUUAGCAUGAUGUAAAACACUGUAAUGUGAAACGUCAUGUAAAUGGGGAAGUCAAAUGAUUAGGGACCACCCGUUGAGGCAUUUAAACGCCAUGAUGGCAAUGUGUUUAUUUUCCAUCGUUAAUCUUGUAAAGCAGGGUCUUUCGACGACGUUUCUUUUAUUUUCAGAGCUUUGUGUUAUAAAUCUGUUAGCUUUCCAACAAAUCUAUAACUUACUAAUUACUAAAUUUCCAAGCGAUAUUCAAAGAGUGCAUAUCUAGACUAAAUCUGAGCAAGUGCCUGCAGUUUUUCUACAAAAAUUGUGAAGUUCUUUUUAUGUCUUUAGAUUAAGGAUUAUCCCAUAAAAUGUUUCCGUUAAAUGCUUUUCGAUUUAUCUGCUGGUGAAGACGCACCCCUAUGUAUUUGAAAGUUUUCACUUAAUCAAUUUUGUUAGUUCAAAGCUUGAUAUUCCCAAUUGGCUUUGUCUUUGUUACGUUUCAAAAGACCUCAUAGCGUUUGUUACGUUUCAGCGUUUUCACAUACUUGGCAUUUUUAGCAUAAAGUAUAAGUCUACUUUCAGCAAACCAUUUUCAUGCUCAUUUUCUAAAUUUGUAUCAAACCAUCUUCAUCUCAAUGUUCUUUCUUUAUUCGUCACCUACAGAAAGCACUGUAUCUAGGCUGCAAAUUAGGGUGAAACUCAAGCUGAAAUUUUGGUGAAAAUCAGGAUGAAAAUCAGUAUAAAAAUCAAAGUGAAAUUCGUUGU